CGUAGUGGCAGUUUUUUGGCGGGAAACUUGGCGCACAAACAAGCAAGCACAAACGUGCCUGCUUUGCUUCUUCUGUUUCCGCCCCGCCGUUGAUUUGAGCUGAAAGAACAAGCUUGUACCCAGAUUGUCGCCUCGUAGCCGAAGAUGUUCUAUUCGGAGUACGUGCUGGCCAAGCGCGGCCCACUGGGCAAGUAUUGGCUGGCUGCGCACUGGACAAAGAAGCUGUCCAGGAAGCAGAUUGCAGAGGCAAAUGUGGUGGAGGCAUGCGAGAACAUUGCCCAGCCAGAGGUGAAGCUGGCGCUGCGUACCUCCGGCCACCUUCUCCUGGGUGUGGUGAGGAUCCACGACACAAAGCAGCGCACCCUCAUGAACGACUGUGCAGAGGCUUUCACUCGCAUCCAGUUGGUGUUCCGGCCAGGCGUGGUUGAUCUGCCUGAGGGCCAGGGACAAGCAGCCUUCAACGCCAUCACCUUGCAAGAUGACGUGCCUGGCUUGGAUGAGGAAUUCCUGGACUUUGACGCAGACAUGUUUGAGCCCACGUCUGGCAUCACCUCGUCGUACAUUGUGCCCCGCAAGGAGGACAUUACCUUGCAAGAUCACUUUGUCAUCAGCAUGUCUCAACAAGAGCCCAGUUUCGAGGACACCCUCCUCGACGAUAUGGCGCCAAUCGAGCCCGGUCGCGCGCCGGAGCUUGGUCGCGAUGACACCACGGACAUUUCGCGGGGCGGCCCGGACUUUUCCCACGACGUCACCGUGGACCAGAGCGCCAUGUCCUUUGACAAGGCACUGCCGGAUGAGAUGGACUACCCACCCAUGCCUGAUGACCCGUUUGCCAACUUGGAGCCAGAGCCCAUGGAGCUGGCUGGCGUGGACCAGCCGAUUGCAGAGGAAGCCGAAGAGCAGCAACAGCAGCAACAGCAACAGCCUCAAGAGGAGGAGGAGGAGCUCCGACCAACACAGGCGCAGGAGGAAGAGGAACCCGUGAUCCCACUUCAACUGGACGAACUCACCAUCGAACCCAGGGUAUCGCGAAAGCGCGCAAAGCGGCUUGUCAUUGACUCGCACAUUGACGUGCCAUCCGACACGAUGCGCGCGCAUCUUGCGGAGAACGGCUGUGAUGACAUUUCCAAGGCACCGUACACCCCAGACUUUCUUGACAAGGAGCUCGUCUAUGACAUGACGCCCAUCUCCUUCUACGGCGCAAAACGCCGCCUCGCAAAGACAGAACCGCCAGAGACGCUCAUCCACUCCACCAGCCUUAUCUUUGGAGAGCACCCGCUGCUGCGAACGCUGCUGAAGAAGCGCGUCAAGUGGAUGACGCCGGAGAACACGCCCGCACUGGCAGCAGCGGCGACAGAACCGGCAGAGGAGGAGGGGGAGGAGCACGAAGUGCGUGUGGAAGAGGAGUUGGGGGCCGAUGAACAGGCAGCCAAGCGCGCCCGCACCACAACAGAUCUCGAGGAACAGGAGAUGUAUGCUGGCGAUUUCGAUGCGCCGGCACCGAUGGACGAGACGGCGCACGACAUGACAUUUGGCGGCGACAUGACGGCGGAUAUGACGCUGCCCGAGCCCGAGCAGGAGGCGGUGGAGCAGGUGGACGUGCUGACGGCAGAGCAGUACGAGGAUGCAGGGUGGUCGCGCAGGUCAAAGCAGGUGCUUGAUUCCUUCCGCAUGCAGCUCUCGAAGGAGAAGUCACUCAGCUACAACAAGCUCACAAGAGGAUUCAACAGGAAAGAGGCGGCGCACAUGCUGCACGAGGUGCUGGUGCUGACAACCAAAGGCUUCAUCGAGGUUGACCAGGAGGAGCCCUAUGCAGACAUCACCAUCAGCGAGGCCGAGGGCGACGAUGAUGCAGACGAUUCCGAGGAUGUUGGCAGCGAAGGCGUCACCGCGUGAGACGCCCGGCGCGCCGCUCCUCCUUGUACAUGUGUAUCUUUGUCUCAUCCACUCCGCCUUGCUUGCCCGCUGCUGUCGCUAUUGAGUUUGUUUGUGUGUGUGUGUGUGUGUGUGUGUGUGUGUGUGUGUGUGUGUGUGUGUGCCCUCGCCUUGUGUUUCUUUUUGCUUUCAGUAGCUGAACCCCUCUUCCCCUCCUGUUUCCCCCCCCCCC